GGAAAAGUUAGAGAAAAGUCAUUGCCUUUAAUGCUUCAAACUGAGCUCUGCUUUGCUCCACAGAUCACAGCUUCUAUCUUCACCUCUCUUUCUCUCACUCUUUCUAGUGUCAGAUUCCAUUUUUACAUUAACCAUGAAUACUAUAUUCUAAUCCUUUACCUCUUCUUAAAUCUAUAAAUACCCAUCUCGCCUUCUCGCCUUCCCACCUUCUCACCUUCUCUUUUUGUCAUCUUUGUUUUUCCGUUUCUGGGUAUUUUUUAUUUCAUUGGUUUAUAUAACGAUGAACGCUCUUGCUGCAACAAACCGUAACUUCCGCCAUGCUGCUCGUAUUCUUGGAUUGGAUUCGAAGCUCGAAAAAAGUCUUCUGAUCCCCUUUAGAGAAAUUAAAGUUGAAUGCACGAUUCCCAAAGACGAUGGAACUCUGGUUUCGUAUGUUGGAUUUAGAGUUCAACAUGAUAACGCUCGUGGGCCGAUGAAAGGAGGGAUCCGAUACCAUCCCGAGGUUGACCCCGAUGAGGUAAAUGCUCUGGCUCAAUUAAUGACAUGGAAGACUGCUGUAGCAGACAUUCCAUAUGGUGGAGCAAAAGGUGGGAUUGGGUGUUCCCCAAGGGACCUCAGUAACAGCGAGUUGGAACGUCUCACUCGUGUCUUCACUCAGAAGAUCCAUGAUCUUAUUGGAAUUCACACUGAUGUUCCUGCUCCUGACAUGGGAACUAAUGCACAGACAAUGGCUUGGAUUUUGGAUGAAUACUCAAAAUUUCAUGGUCAUUCACCAGCUGUUGUAACAGGGAAGCCUAUAGAUCUUGGUGGAUCACUUGGUAGAGAGGCUGCAACUGGACGAGGUGUUGUUUUUGCUACAGAGGCUCUGCUUGCUGAAUAUGGGAAGUCCAUUCCAGAGAUGAGAUUUGUUAUCCAGGGUUUUGGUAAUGUGGGAUCAUGGGCAGCAAAGCUCAUUCAUGAGAGAGGUGGCAAGGUUGUUGCUGUGAGUGAUAUUACUGGUGCCAUAAAAAAUCAAAAUGGGCUUGAUAUCCCUGCUUUGCUGAAACAUAAAAAUGACUCUGGAAGUUUAAAGGAUUUCCAAGGUGGAGAUGUGAUGGAUAUGAACGAAUUGCUUGUGCAUGAUUGUGAUGUUCUUAUCCCAUGUGCUCUAGGUGGUGUCCUUAACAGGGAAAAUGCAGCAGACGUGAAGGCCAAGUUCAUAAUUGAAGCUGCAAAUCACCCGACUGAUCCUGAAGCAGAUGAGAUUUUAUCCAAGAAAGGUGUUAUCAUACUACCUGAUAUUUAUGCUAAUGCUGGGGGUGUGACUGUGAGCUAUUUUGAGUGGGUUCAGAACAUUCAAGGUUUUAUGUGGGAGGAAGAGAAGGUGAAUGAUGAACUGAAGAGGUACAUGACAAAGGCUUUCCGUGACAUCAAAGCAAUGUGCAAGACCAAUGACUGCAACCUCCGCAUGGGUGCCUUCACAUUGGGGGUGAAUCGGGUUGCGAGAGCGACAAUUCUUCGGGGUUGGGAAGCAUAGAACAUUUUUUUUGGUUCUAGCUGAAGAAAGGAAAUUCAUAGUUCUCAUUCUUGCUAUAGAUUUUUUUUUUUUUUUUUUUUUUUUUUUUGAGUGUGGUGGGGAAGCUUUAGAAGUUCUCCUAUUUCUUUAUGUUUCUUCCUUACUAGGCAUGACCCUCAACAUAGAGCAAUUUGAUGUAUCGAUGGGAGCAUUCAUUGUAUUACAAUUCAAGCUGACAAGGCACCCAAUCAACAAAUGAAAAUAAAACUUUUCAAAGUGAGUUUGAGCUUA